AUGUCAUUACUGUGGUAUGUCCCCUGUCUAACUGAACACUCCAACAGAAUACCAUUUUGUGCGCUUGUGCGUGCAUACAUGUGGGCACGUUUGUACGUGUAUGGAGGAAAGAGACAGCGUUUUCUUUUCUCCAUAUUUGUAAAAAAAAAGUAAAGAAAAAAUAAACCUCCAAGCAAUUAGGUCCUUUGCAUCCUUUGGGUCCAUUGACUGUGUAUCCAACUAACGUCUUGUCUGUGUGUGUGUGUUCUGCAGGACGGGAGCAGGAUGUCUGCAGAUGAGAGGGCCCAUGCCCACGUCAGGUCCGGGGACGCGCCCAUGUACGUGUAUGAGUCGACGGUGCACUGUGCCAACGUGCUGCUGAGUCUGGAGGACCAGCGGCGGCAGGACAUCCUGUGUGAUGUGACGGUGGUGGUGGAGGGGACGGAGAUCAGGGCCCACAGGGCCGUCCUGGCAGCCAGCAGCAGAUACUUCCUACAGGUGCUGCUGGGACACACACACCCCGAGCAGGAGCCAAUCAUCAGCCUGUCUGACAAGGUGGGUAAUGACCAAUCAUGUACAUGUAUAUGUAUGUAUAAAACCCUUAGAAAGCGCUAAUAACUUGACUUUAUGCACCCCUGGGCGUGGCCGUUUUAUACUGUUAUGAUGUAUUAUUACACAGCCCUUCCAUUACAUUCAGAUACCUGCCAUAGUGUGGUAAAAAGGAUGUGUCAGUCAGAGAGAGAGAGAGAGAGAGAGAGAGAGAGAGAGAGAGAGAGAGAGAGAGAGAGAGAGAGAGAGAGAGAGAGAGAGAGAGAGAGAGAGAGAGAGAGAGAGAGAGAGAGAGAGAGAGAGAGAGAGAGAUAAUCUUAUUGAGUCCUCAAAAUUCAUUAUCUUUUGUGUCUGUGUGAGUCAGAGAGAGAGAGGGAGAGCUAGACAGAGGGAGAGCUAGAGAGAGAGAGCUAGAGAGAGGGAGAGCUAGAGAGAGGGAGAGCUAGAGAGAGAGAGAGCUAGAGAGAGAGAGCUAGAGAGAGAGAGCUAGAGAGAGGGAGGCGGCCGGGUAGCUUGCUCAGUUGUCACACUGAAACAUUCCAAUAGCUUGUUUACCUAGUGUUGGCAGGAUUCCUGAAAACCCUGUGUGAAUUUUCAGAAUCAGUGAUACGUUAUAUUUCCGCCGUUUCCGCUGCUAUAUCUAAUCGCGGUCGGAACAGCCCCGGCCCACAUCCCAGUGGCUGCCAUUAGCAUAUAAUGUCCUAGAUCUGUCAAUUUGAUUCUCUUUGACUCUACCUCAUAUAGUAAUCACUAUCAAUGCCUGAACCACUUCACAGGUCAAAAUCCAUCCUCUAAUGACUAGAAAGCAUGGCUUAUUUCAUUUUUUGUUUGUUUAAAAUAUAUAUAUAUAUUUAAGUUUUUAACAUUUUACAAUCAUAAAUAAUUCACAUAAAUACAAAUCAACUUUCACAUCAAUACAUUUAAGUUCAUAAUUACAUAACAUGAUUUACAGAUUUAAUAGUUUCCAUAAAAGUUUUUUUUCUUCUUGUUUUUAGUUUCAUUUUGGUUUGUAAAAUAAAUAAAUAGUGUUUGAACAAAAAUGUUGUUUUAUAGUCUUAUAGACAUCUUGUCUUCCACAUUUUACUGUUCAUAGUGCGUAUUAUUGUCCACAAUAUUUGUUUAGUAAUGUCAAUGCAUAAUAUUGUCCACCAUACCUCUUUAGUAAUGUCAUCCAUGUAAGUAUCGAAGACACUGUGAAAGACAGACUUGGAAUUUAUACAUACAUCAAACCCGAUAAUUCUCAUCAGAUCCCAUAUUUCUUUACUUCUGUAGUAUUUCACUAAAAGGUGUUCUAAAUUCUCAUCAUCAUGACAAUUAGGCAUAGGACACGAUUUACUUUUGACAAAACAAUUCCACUACAGCACACACUGGUAAUUGUUUUAAAGAAAAAAAAGGGCAAAUUAAGUUAUACAAUCAAAAUGUUGACACACAGGUCCAUGUAUGCACACAUGCACAUUAACAUGUGCACACACAACACACAAACAAACGCUCAACACACACUAUUCCUAACUCUGGCACCUCCCAUGAUUUUAUUUCAAGUAGAAUAGCAGCCUACCAAAUAAAUAACGAAUAUUGAUAACCCGAUCAUUAGGUUCCGUCACAGUAUUAAAAUCCCUACAUGUAGUUACUGAAUAUCUCACACAUAAAUAGCUCCUAGUUUCAUAAAUAAUAUUUGUUUCUUAUUUGCAUCAGAUGCUGUGUAUACAUUUAUCACUCUUAUUUUCAUUCCUGUAAAGUAGCAGUCCAAUAUCAAAUAAUUGAUGUCUGCAAAGUCUGUUAUUCUUUUCGAUUAUUUACUUGGUUUGUCAUCUUUCUUUUGAACUUUGCUUUGGAUUGGGAAGUGUGAACGGCGUUUCAAUCCACCUGCUUGAGUGGUGGGGGGAACUAACUCUGGCGGGAAUGGGGGCAGGGGGGGAAGGGAUUCAUUGUCAUCUCUCUCUUUUGGGGGUAGGGGAAUUAAUACUGAAGUCUGACUCGCUCGUGCCCUCAAAGGACUCUUCGACCUCACUGCAGCUGGACCUGGAGGAUGGAGGAUUGGAUACUCUCAUCUACACCUUCCUCUGAGAUCUGGUCGCCCUAACUUUUGGAUUCAGCUCCCUCUGCUUCUCUCUCAUUCACUAGCAUCUGCCGCUAAGCUGCGCUUGGACCUGUAGUAUUGACCCCGCGCUCUGUCGUGGCACGGGGGAUGGAACUCACUGUCGGGGUCGGUGGCUCUGUCUCUCGCUCUCUCUCCUCUUCCGGCACUUCCCCUGGGCUGGAUUGGGGACAAGUCCUCGCUUUGUAGGCAUAGCCUCCUGUAGCUCAGUUGGUAGAGCAUGGCGCUUGCAACGUCAGGGUUGUGGGUUCGUUUCCCACGGGGGGCCAGUAUGAAAAAUGUAUGCACUCCCUAACUGUAAGUCGCUCUGGAUAAGAGCGUCUGCUAAAUGACUAAAAUGUAAAAAUAAGACUGGGGACACUUGAAGAAGUUGUGCCCUCUUUUGCACACUUGCUUGGAGACUCACAGUCACUGGAUUUGUGUCCAAGGUCUCCACAUCUCCAACACUUCUGGGCAAUCCUUGACCUGGUGAUCCAGCCCCUGGCAGAUGUAACACCGAGGGGUCUGUCCAGGGUAGGAGAUCUUCCCGUUGUACGGGCCCAGGAAGAUUGAGUUAGGGAUUAUUAUCGACUGCCCACUUGUGGUUUUGCAGAUGUGCACUUUGUACUUGCAUACUCCAAACCAUAUCCCCAACUUAUGCACAUGUUUCAAUGCAGGUUGUGAAAUAGUGCAAUUAUUGGACUAUUAUUAUUAUUAUUAUUGGAGUUAAUUUAUAUAUACUUUGGUUCCUCAUGGACAACCGCGAGGUCGGCCAGACAUCGUGUGCUCACUAGCUGAGUUCAAGCGACUGAAUGGCUUCUUUUCCACAUCUCUCUCUUCUCUUUCUCGCCAGACAUCCUCUCUCUCCCUCUCCCUCUUCCUCUCUCACCUCCUUUAUCCUUUGUAGUGUGAAUUUUCUAUUUUUCUCACUCACACUAAUUUUCUCUCUAUCCAUCCUUUCACUUGCCUCCUUUUUGCUUUGUAGUGUCUCUCUCUAUCUCUUCCUCUCUCUCUCUCUCUCUCUAUGUUGUCUCUCAUUCUGUUUUCCCUCUCUUUCCUUCCCUGCAUUCAUUAGGAAGGCUAGUAGUAACAUUAAAGGAGGCUCGUCUGGCUUCUGUGUGUUCAUAAAGACAUGCUUCUGUGUGUUCAUAAAGACAUGUUUCUGUGUGUUCAUAAAGACAUGCUUCUGUGUGUUCAUAAAGACAUGCUUCUGUGUGUUCAUAAAGACAUGUUUCUGUGUGUUCAUAAAGACAUGCUUCUGUGUGUUCAUAAAGACAUGCUUCUGUGUGUUCAUAAAGACAUGUUUCUGUGUGUUCAUAAAGACAUGCUUCUGUGUGUUCAUAAAGACAUGCUUCUGUGUGUUCAUAAAGACAUGCUUCAAUGUGUUCAUAAAGACAUGCUUCUGUGUGUUCAUAAAGACAUGUUUCUGUGUGUUCAUAAAGACAUGUUUCUGUGUGUUCAUAAAGACAUGUUUCUGUGUGUUCAUAAAGACAUGUUUCUGUGUGUUCAUAAAGACAUGUUUCUGUGUGUUCAUAAAGACAUGCUUCUGCAGGCACAGGAGGCAGCUGCUGAUGCUAGCUGAAAAUAGAGCCUCAGAACACUCAGCACACACAUGCACAGGCACACACACAUACAUAAACAGGCACAUACACACACACACAGACACACAAAGGCACACUCAGACACACACACAUACACAGGCACGCACACGCUGCAUGCACACACACACACACCAGGCCUGCUGGCUAUCAGCCACUAUGAGAGAGAACAGGAGAGAUGAUGAGGGACAGGAGAGGAUAGGGGGGCUAGGAGGGGGAAAAGGAGGGGAAGAGGAAGGUGCUAGGAGGCUAAAGAGGAGGGGAGAGAUGGCGAGCUGAAGGGGGAGAAGACGACAAGGGAGGGAGAGACGGACGAGCCCCCAGGUACUUAUUGGGAUGAUGGUGGGGUAGUGGGGAGGUGUGGGAGGUAGGUGCUCCAGUUCAUUUGUUCUCUCCUCUCUCCUCUCUCUCUCUCCUUCUUCUCUCUCUCUCCUCUCUCCCCUCUCUCUCCUCUCUCUCUCGCCCUCUCUCUCUCUCCCCUCCUCUCUCCCCUCCCUCUCUCUCUCCUCUCUCUCUCUCUCCUCUCUCAUCUUCACCUCCUCACUCUCUCUCUCCUCUCUCUCUCUCAUCUCUCCUUCUCCUCUCUCUCCCUCCCCGCUCGCUCUUUCCUGCUCUCGCUCUCUCUUCCUCGUCUCUCUUCUCUCUCUCGUCUUCCCCUCCUCCUCUCCUCUCUCGCUCUCUCUCCUCGCUCCUUCCUCCUUCUCUCUCUCGCUCUCUCUCUCCCUCUCUCAAUUGUUUGUUAAAAUGCAAAAUAACACUGAAUGGGUAGUCCACACUGCAGGGUUUGUUUGCCUGUGUGUAAGCAGUGUAAGCAGCUGCUUUCUCCCCACGCAAAAUCCCCAGGACCAAUAACAACACAAUAGAUGCUAACACUGCAUUUCCUCCUUUCCUCACCAGGUCACAGCCAGGGGGUUUGCCCCGCUGCUACAGUUUGCCUACACAGCCAAGCUGGUUCUGAGCAGAGAGAACAUCCAUGAGGUGAUCCGCUGUGCUGACUUCCUGGGCGUUCACAACCUAGAGGACUCCUGCUUCCGCUUCCUGCAGGCCCAGCUGCACAGCGACACCACUGAUCACAACAAUGGCAUUCUCUGCCGCAAGGAGCUGCCGCCGUCGGUGAACACAGAUGACCUCAUCACGGAGGAGGACGGUGGUGGUGGUUCCGCGUCGUCGGAGAACCCCAGGGUGACGUCAUCCUCGGCGACGAGGCGGCGGCCCAAUCACUCGACCAUCACGUCCCUCACCAGCAGCCUGACCUCUGACCUCCCACGAUGCCCCAAAUACAGGAAGUACCAGCGGGCCUGCGCCAAGCACAGCGGAGAGAAUGACGACGAUGACAGUGUCACCUCAGCCGCCUUGUCACACUGCCAUACCUCAGCCUCCCCAGGGCCUUUCUCAGAGACCAGCAGCACCCGCCAAGGGGGACAACCUCACCCCCUCUCCCCCUCCAGAAUCAAAGAGGAGCCCCGCUCCUGGGGUGAGGGAGAGGAUAGUCCCCCAGGACUGUCAGAGGAUAGCCAGGAUGUCCUGGAGAUGGAGCUGGAGGGGGGGCCGGAGCCCUCAGAGCGUCCCCCCAGCAGAGGCUCUCCAUCCUGCCUGAGCUCCUACCUCCAGAGGGGCCUCCUGGAUCUCAGCAACCCAGCCAUAACUCUACCUACCACUCCUCUCACCCAGCAGCUACUGACCAACAGACUCUCAUUAGCCCAUAACAGGGAUAGGGACAGGGGGGCAUUUCAAGGGGAGGGUGGAAGGGACCUCAGGGCGGUGUCUGCAGGGACAGUGGGUUCAUCUGUCGGAGACAUGGAGGGCGUGACCAUGAAACCCCUCCCAUCAGAUGGAGUCAGCAAACAGGAAGUAGAGUUGGAUCGCCGCAGCAGUGUCAUCUUCUCCUCCGGAGCGUGCGACCGCCUGGGAACACCGUCUCAAUCCUACUCCGACCGGAAGUCUCUGGAAAAAGAUCUGUUGGAGAUCACCUCGAAAUCCCUGUGGACAGGUGUUAGUAAGUCCCUCCCCUCCCGCCAGACUUACUCUCCCCUACCCUCCACCAUCCUCACCACGGCCCUCCAGGACCCCCUGCCCACCACCAGCUGCCCUCUGCCAAUAAAGAUUUCCCCCCGCUCCCCUCCAUGCGAGCCCCACACACGAACCUCCAGCUCCUGCUCAUCUUUCUCCUACAUGGAGGACGGGGGCAGCGGGGACUCGCCCUCCAACAUGCCCCAGUUUGACUUCUCCUCCUCCCCAUGCUCUGUGUCGGGCUCUGGCCUGGUGGUGGAGCAGAGGGAGCGCGGUGGGAUGGUGGUGGGGGAAGCCAUCUUCUCUCAGGGCCGCACCAAGAUCAAGUGUGAACGCUCGUACGGGGCCAACUCCAGUGAUGAAUCUGGAUCCUUCUCAGAGGGAGACAGUGAGUCCGGCCCUGCCAGAGAGCCAGGUCCUGAGGUCAGAAUACUUUAUCUACACUCUAUAUUACAAAUGCGAUCUGUGCGAUGGGUUUCGAAAUAGGUUUGCUCUGACAAGAUAUUACUAUCUGUCAGAGAGAGACCACAAUGUUAGUGUUAUGGCUGAAAUGAUGAACUACACCUUUACAAAAAAGGGUUCCAAAAGGGUUAUUCGGCUGGCCACAUAGGAGAACCCGUUUUGGUUCCAGGUAGUACCAAUUUUGGUUCCAGGUAGAACCAUUUUGGGUUCCAUGUAGAACCCUCUGUAGAAAAGGUUCUACAUGGAACCCAAAAUGGUUCUUCAAAGGGUUCUCCUAUGUGGACAGCCAAAGAACCCUUUAAGGUUCUAGAUAGCACCUUUUUUCUAAGACGGUAUGUUGUGGUAAUUAUGUUCUGAUGGUUGAUAUACUUCUUUAAACCAAAAGGGCAACAUUUCUGUACAAAUUGCUACGAUCACUCCUCUUUAUGAACUGCUAUAAAUGCAGUGGUGGAGACAAAAGACACAGAAAGCGACAGAGAGACACAGGUAAAUGAAUGGACUUUAUAGUGGUUUGACAACCAUUGUUCUGGGGAAGAAGAGCCUGGAGAGUUUAGAACAGUACUAGUCAUCUGUGAGAUUACUGUUUGAUAGAGUGUAAUGGAUGCUAUUCAUCUCUAAAGCUAUAGUCGUGGCCCAUCCAUACACACGCCAUCCAUACUGAUACACACCAUCCAUACUGAUACACACCAUCCAUACUGACACACGCCAUCCAUACUGAUACACACCAUCCAUACUGAUACACACCAUCCAUACUGACACACACCAUCCAUACUGAUACACACCAUCCAUACUGAUACACACCAUCCAUACUGAUACACACCAUCCAUACUGACACACGCCAUCCAUACUGAUACACACCAUCCAUACUGAUACACACCAUCCAUACUGAUACACACCAUCCAUACUGAUACACACCAUCCAUACUGAUACACGCCAUCCAUACUGAUACACACCAUCCAUACUGAUACACACCAUCCAUACUGAUACACACCAUCCAUACUGAUACACACCAUCCAUACUGAUACACACCAUCCAUACUGAUACACACCAUCCAUACUGAUACACACCAUCCAUACUGAUACACACCAUCCAUACUGAUACACAAAAUCCAUCCACAUAGCCUCUUGAGGAUAAGACCUUGAUUUCACACACUGCCUUGACUUCAAGAGAACCACAGGAGUUGCCAUGGCAAUGUUUAAGCUCACACUCAGUCUCUCGUGUUGCUGUGUGGAGAGAAAUGUGAUGAUUCCUCCUGUGCUGCACUGUGGGCUGAAGCCUGUCAUUCAGCUGCUCUCUGAGAUACACACACAAUCAGCAGCUUCUUCUAUUAACUCAUAUGUAUCAGCGUCCUCGUUUGAUUCAAGUCCCUAUUUCAGGACCAAUGAUGAGUCAGUCAGUCAGAGGCUGGUGGAACGGGUGUGUGUGGGAAAGAGAUUUAUGUAAUACAAUGAAUGUCUGCUGAAACUACACAAACAGGGCUAGAAUCAUUCAACUUUCUAGGCACUGGUUUUUUAGAUGAACGGAAGGAAAUUGAAAUAACGCUCAGUCACAUAGCUCCGUAGAGGUUUCAUUUUUUAAAUAGUGUAAGUAGGUUAAUAAAAUGAAAUUCUGUUCAUAAUGAGGGUUGAUGCUUUAGCGAUUUUUCUCACUCAAGUCUGAAAGGGAGGUGAGGAGUGUGUGUGUGUGUGUGUAUGUCCAUAUGCUCAUACCAGUUCUCAGCGCUGACACACUUAGCUCAGACAGAACAGACACACACACCCCAGGAUCCACAGUGGCCAGGUACCCUCCACCAUCUGGCACCCUCCCCCAGUUUAGACACUCCUAACUAGGACACUCCACUAUGCGAGCCCCCUGCCUGGAGACAGAGCACCAGGGCCAGAACCUGGCCCAUAUAAUACACACACACACCAGUUGAUACAGAAGAGGCCUACUUCUUAGUUCUGACCCACUCACAGAUCGGAGUAAUGAACUGAAUAGAGGGAGGCAGAGUUAAAAAGGGAAACCAGAACAAGAGAGAGAGAAGGACAGGAUUUACGGCUGUGUCUGAAGCUCACUCUGUCAUCCUAACCUUGUUAUGGGACUCUUGUGAGUGGAGGGGCUAUAUAUAGAUGUCUAUCCAGCUCUGAGAGAGAGAUAUAUAAAGAGAGAGAGAGAGACCCCUCCCCCAAGGUCACAGCUGAAACAGAGCACUCCCUAAGUCCUCUGCCUCUCCUCAGCUCUCUCUGAGACAUGACAGAACGUCACACAGCAUAUACUGACCCAUUAAACACUGAAUGCUAGCACUUUCAAUUGGGAACAUCAUGGAGACAACUAUUUACGUUGGAGGAGUUCCUUAUGACGUAAACAGUAGAAUGGCCUUACUGAAGAGCUCAGUGACUUCAGGUCAUAGGAUGCCACCUUUCCAACAAGUCAGUUCGUCAAAUUUCUGCCCUGCUAGAGCUGCCCCGGUCAACUGUAAGUGAUGUUAUUGUGAAUUGGAAAAGUCUAGGAGCAACAACGGCUCAGCUACGAAGUGGUAGGCCACACAAGCUCACAGAACGGGACCGCUGAGUACUGAAGCGCGUAAAAAUCGUCUGUCCUCGGUUGCAACACUCACUACCGAGUUCCAAACUGCCUCUGGAAGCAACAUCAGCACAAUAACUGUUCGUUGGGAGCUUCAUGAAAUGGGUUUCCAUGGCCAAGCAGCCGCACACAAGCCUAAGUUCACCAUGCGCAAUGCCAAGUGUCGGCUGGAGUGGUGUAAAGCUCUCCGCCAUUGGACUCUGGAGUACUGGAAACGCGUUCUCUGGAGUGAUGAAUCGUGCUUCACCAUCUAGCAGUCCGAUGGACGAAUCAGGGUUUGGCAGAUGCCAGGAGAACGCUACCAGUCCGAAUGCAUAGUGUCAACUGUAAAGUUUGGUGGAGGACGAAUAAUGGUCUGGGGCUGUUUUUCAUGGUUCAGGCUAGGCCCCUUAAUUCCAGUGAAGGGAAAUCGUAACGCUACAGCAUACAAUGACAUUCUAGACGAUUCUGUGCUUCCAACUUUGUAGAAACAGAUUGGGGAAGGCCCUUUCCUGUUUCAGCAUGACAAUGCCCCUGUGCACAAAGCGAGGUCCAUACAGAAAUGGUUUGUCGAGAUCGGUGUGGAAGAACUUGACUGGCCUGCACAGAGCCCUGACCUCAACCCCAUCAAACACCUUUGGGAUGAAUUGGAACGCCGACUGCGAGCCAGGCCUAAUCGCCCAACAUCAGUGCCCGACCUCAUUAAUGGUCUUGUGGCUGAAUGGAAGCAAGUCCCUGCAGCAAGCUUCCAACAUCUCGUGGAAAGCCUUCCUAGAAGAGUGGAGGCUGUUAUAGCAGCAAAGGGGGGACCAACUCCAUAUUAAUGCCCAUGAUUUUGGAAUGAGAUGUUUGACGAGGAGCUGUCCACAUACUUUUGGUAAUGUAGUGUAAGUGGAGUAUCAUGUACAGGCUACAACCAUUGGUAGAAUAACAGUGUCACCUAGUGGACUGAGUGGGUACACUCUGUGCUCCUUUCAACUGUGUGUGUGUGUGUGUGUGUGUGUGUGUGUGUGUGUGUGUGUGUGUGUGUGUGUGUGUGUGUGUGUGUGUGUGUGUGUGUGUGUGUGUGUGUGUGUGUGUGUGUGUGUGUGUGUGUGUGUGUGUGUGUGAGAUGUGUGCUAUCUUGGGGAGUUGAGUAAUUAGAGCAGAGGACAAAUUUCAGUUGUUCGCUGUAAAAGUUGUAUUGUAUGUACACCAGAGAAGAUAGAAACUGCUGUAGAUCCCCAAUGCAUUCCUCUUUGUAUUUUGUUAUUUGUCUGCCAGGUCAAACUUCCCUUCCCGGUGGAUCAGAUCACCAAUCUUCCGCGUAAUGACUUCCAGAUCAUGAUAAAGAUGCACAAACUGACCUCAGAGCAGCUGGAGUUCAUCCAUGACAUCCGGCGGCGCAGUAAGAACCGCAUCGCCGCCCAGCGCUGCCGCAAGAGAAAGCUGGACUGCAUCCAGAACCUGGAGGUGGAGAUACGCAAACUGGUAUGUACAUUGUUUUAACAUGAAGGUCUAUUUAUCAUACAAUAAAAAGGUGAAUCUUUACUGUUAGCAUUUGUAGGACUGUCCGUUGUUUUCAUAUUUUGAGAGCAGGUUUUGGUAUACUGGUUAUGCACUGUAUAUGUAUGGAUUUUCUAUAUGUUUGUAUUCUAUGAGUGUAAGCUGUGUGUCUAUUCUCUGUGUACACAUAACAUACAUGUACUGUACUGUAUGUGUGUUUUCUUGCAGGUGCAUGAGAAGGAGAAGCUACUGAGUGAGAGGAACCAGCUGAAGGUGUGUAUGGGCGAGCUGUGGCAGAACCUCUCCUACCUGUCCCAAGCUGUGUCCCAGGAGGUAUGCAGGGAGGUGCAGGGGAACCCCGAGAAGACCAAAGCCCUGCACCCUACACACAAGCCCAACGAUCCCACCGCUGCCACCAACAGCAUCUCCAUCAUGGCCAGUAUCGACCUCACCUCCAACCCAGGCUCCCCAACCUCAGAGGGCAGCCUGGCCAAGUCACCCUACCCCUCUGAAAGCCCUGUGGAGAGAGAUGUUGGCUCUGGGCAGAGGCUUAGGAAGGGGCAGGGCGGUGGGGACACAGAGGUGUCUGUCCUGGGACAGGAGGACCCUGAGUCUUCCCUGGAGCCUGGAGCGUCUCCGGGUGUGUGUAGCCCCACUGUUUCGGUGGAUUUUUGUCAGGAGAUGACUGAGAAAUGCACAACAGAAGAACAGCCCAGACAGGACUGUACCUAGUUAGCAAUGACUGAAUAGCUAGCAAC